CAAAAAAGUGCGGGAAAAAGAGUGCGCGAAAUGGGUCAAAGCGAUUUAGCGCGCUUUCCAGGCAGCGACUGAAACAGCCGCUAUGUUCUGCGGGGGAGACUUGAGCAAAUGAGUUUAGAAUAGUUGAACCACUUUUAAGCAUAUACAAAAGAGCGAACGUAGGUAUCUAACAAAAACGAUGGGAAUUCAAGGGUUGUUGCCGUUCGUUCAAAAGGCGACGAGGCCGGCAAACGUGAAAGAAUUUAGUGGGAAAACUGCAGCCGUGGAUACUUACUGCUGGCUUCACAAAGGCGCGUUUUCGUGUGCCGAACGACUUGUGAAGGGUGAAAAGACCGAUGCGUAUGUGAGCUACUGCAUGAAGAUGGCAGACCUGCUCAUCGAGUCCGGCGUGCGGCCGAUCUUGGUUUUCGACGGACGGCAUUUGCCAUCGAAGAAAGGGACGGAGAAAAAGCGCAGGGAACAGCGGGAAAUCAACAGACAGAAAGCAAAACAGUUUCUCAUCGAAGGAAAGAUCCAGCAAGCACGGGAAUGCUACCAGAGAGCUGUUGACGUUACGUCUGCCAUGGCUCAUGAAGUCAUCGUG